GCACAAAUGCUCACUCCCUUCAGUCUUCUUGUCUCCAGCUGGUGCAACUGGCGAGCUAAGGCUGUUCCUCAACCUUCUGUUCUCCUAAAGUCAGGGUACAGCAUAGCUACAAUGUCUGACACUGAAGAGAUUGUGGAGGAGUACGAGGAGGAGGAAGAAGAAGUGGAGGAGGAGGAGGAAGCAGAGGAAGAGGUUGAGGAAGAGGAGAAUGAAGAGGUGGCCCCUCAAAUAGAUGAGGAAAAUGAAGCAGAGAAGGAAAAUGAGGUAGAGGAAGAGGAGGAAGAAGAAGAGGAAGAAGACUCCAAGCCUAAACCUAAGUUGUUUGUCCCUGCCAUUGUCCCUCCCAAGCUUCCUGAUGGUGAGAAGGUAGACUUUGAUGACCUCCAUCGUAAACGUGUCGAGAAGGACUUCAAUGAACUUCAGAGCCUUAUCGAGGCACACUUUAGCAACAGGCAAAAAGAGGAAGAUGAACUGGUAGCCCUGAAGACCCGCAUCGAGCGGAGACGUGCGGAUCGUGCAGAGCAGCAGCGCAUUCGAACUGAGAAGGAGCGUGAGAGACAGGCUCGUUUGGCUGAGGAGAGGGCACGGCGCGAGGAGGAGGCAGCUAAACUCCGGGCUGAGGAGGACGCCAAGAAGAAGAAACUCCUCGCCAAUAAGGGCUAUGGUGGCUACCUUCAAAAGGUGGAACAGAAGAGGGGCAAGAAAUUGACAGAACGUGAGAAGAAGACAAAGGUGCUCAUGGAGCGCCGUAAGCCACUCAACAUCGACCACCUUAACCAGGAGAAACUGGCUGACAAGGCCCGAGAGCUCUGGCAGUGGCUGCAGCAGCUCCACGCUGAGAAGUUUGACCUGGGUGAGCAGCUGAAGAGGCAAAAGUAUGACAUCAAUGUGCUGCGCAACCGCGUCAAUGACCAUCAGAGGUACAGCAAGACAACCAAGACAUCCAGGAAGUCCUGGAAGUAGAUAAUGUGGAUUAGGGAACAUAUGAUGAGGUGGAAUAGACUCUUGGUCACAUCACAGCUUACUUUUAUUGAUUUAACUUUAUUUUAUCUCUGAUUUACAGUGCAUUAUUUGGGUUUAAAAAAAAAAAAAGAUCAGUCAAGGUCAUGUUGGUUGCCACACCAUGCUCAAUCCAGACUUAAAGAUUACAGUUCUGUCUUACAGUUUUACUCUGUACCACUUAUACAACAGAGGGCAAAGGUUUGUAUUCAGCUGUGGUGUAUUUGAGGAACAGAAGGAAAAUGCUGAACUAUUAGGAAAUGUAUCUCUAAUAAAUCAAUCAAUCAAUAGAUUAAUUAAUUAAUUAAUACAUCUAAUUAACAUAUGUGAAAUGUGGGUAUAUCACGUUACAACCAACAAGAAAAUAAUUUUAUCAAGAAGAAUGGGUGAAGAUUUGACAAACGUCUGACUGACCCAAAACAGAUGUCUCUAGAAGAAUGUGUGGGUGGGCUGUCGGGGGAAGAGCUGUUCAAAGGAAAUGUAUAAAGUUGGAAGAGGCUUAUAAAGCAUGAGCUGAGACAUUAUUAGAGAAAAAUAAAAUCAUAUAUAACAAAAGUAGACACAAAUAGUUCAAUAAUUGCAUCUUUUUCUUGGUGAAAAGUUCUUACAUGUAACAAGGAAUUUGAUAAGUCAGACACACCUAGUGUCUUAUUGCAAUAAAUGACAUUUUUCUCCUGUCUUAUUCAUUUGUCCUAAGGGUAUACAAACCUUUGCAUUCCACCAUAUAAAAGGCUGUUUUUUUUUUUGAGGGGAAAAAAAAAUUCUGUUUUGGUUUGUUUAUUUUAAAAGUAAGUAACCAUUGUAAGGUGCUAUUUUUAUGUUAUCAUCGACUGUUUUCUUUAUCUCAUGGUGAAAUGGAAGGUAUGGGCCUGCGUGGACGUGGUGUUAUCUCAAACUCGACAGCACAUAUCAAACUGAAUGUUAAAACAGACAAUCGAGGACCACUAUCAGAUAUGAUUUUAGCAACAUUUAAUAAACAUUUUAUUCACUUUUAA